GCAGUCUCGCGCCGUGACGUUAGCACGAAAGAUAUAACGUAGCCUCUCGGCCGCGGCGUAGCAUUCGCGUUCGUUCGCCGUGGUUAUGUCUCGCGACGAGACCCGUGACCCAGGUGGCCGUGAUCGUGCAUUGGUUUUUUUCCCCUUGCGGUCCGGUCGUCGCUGGUCGUCGCCGUCGCCGCGGUCGUUCCUGCUCGUCGCGAGUUGAAUCCCCUCCCACGCUCGUCUCACGCUCUCUCCUCUCUCUCUCUCUCUCUGUCUCACUCGCUCGCCCGCUGAGCUAUUUUCGCACGCGCGCGUCUUCGGUUGGCGGCGGCGACGACGACGACGAGGGGCAAACCCGAGCAAACGGUGAAAUAAUGUGUCUACGUGUACGCGCGACGCGAUAACGCUCGGCCGCGAAAUAUGUCAGCGGGCGCCACGGACCCGAACGAGGCUGUCACGCGCGCGGAACACACACACGAUGGCUACCUCGUCGACGAGGUCGACCGCGUCGACCUGUCGGGCCUGCGGCUGGACGACGACGACGACGACGAUUGGUUGUACGUGCCUCCGCAAUGCUCAACCGAAUCUGCAAUCAAGGAUCUAUAUGCCUGGCUGAAGGCAGAACCGGAAUUGGAUGUUCGAAAUAACAAAAAAUGCAUCGACACGAGAACAUUCACGAGACCUAAGAAACGAUCGGCUCGAAUGAGCUUUGAAUCGAUUUUCGAAGGACUACCGCCUUCCACAAUGGAUGUACGGAAGCUGCAAGAUAUGAAUGUUGCACAUAUAGAAAAUGUGGAAAAGUAUUUACCUGCAAUAAUUGGAAAUAAGGAAUCGGUGCCACCGAUCCUGAGGCCGUCCAUCAGAGCGGCCAUGAGUAUCCUGUCCGACGAGAACUCGGUAACGUCGGGGCAGGAAAGCAUGGAGGCCUUCCUGAACAUGUCGCAGUCCAAGGGAAUAGAUUCGUUCAUAAACCUAGGCGAGCCCGAGUUCAACGAUCUGUUGAUGAACGUGUCGCAACCCUCCAUCUUGAGUGCGUCCGUUAUCGCUUCUCUAAGCGAAUCCACGUUCAUUAAAAGCGACACGAUGCUGGAGACGAGCAAGAUCACGGCACGGAGCAGCAACGACACGGAAGGAAGCUCAAACUCGGAUAACAUCAAUAAUGAAACAUUCGUGAUGCGGACCGCCGACAAUACAAUUACAUCGGACAAGUCACACUGCACAAAUAGUCUAAGCGACACCUGCAAGGAAUUUCCUCAGCCGAGCAACGGCCUGAACGAGACGUACAACGCCGGAGCUUCUAGUGGAACGUCGGCAAGAUCGAGCCUCGACAGGGGAGAGGCCGCCACUUUGUCUUCCACUUUCGUAACCGAGCCUAACGCCGACGCUACCUUCGUGCAAUUACAGAAUCAAGCGAGUAACGACGUUAAGCAGCUGAACAUCAUAUAUCUAUCCUCGACGCGAGGCGCCGAGAGACCACGUUCACCCGUGUCGAUCGCCAGCGGCACGUAUGUACCCACAAUGCGCGUGAAUAAAGCGGAUUUGAACGUAACGUGCAACGUUCUGUCGGAUGACAUCGAAUCCGUGGUGCCUCUCACGCGCGAGACACUCGCGAGCGCUCUAGACAUGUCCUUCAAGGUGCCUGUCUGCAAUCAGUCCACGCCGAUGAAUCCGAGUCUGCAGACCGCAACGUCGAAGUUCGCUGCGAGGCACUUGGAGGCACAGCCGGCUGCGCGCCCCGCGUUAAAAGCCCCCACGACGCUGAGGCGAGAGUUGCUCGCAGAGGUGCAACGAAGCGGCAAGCUGGACUCCACGUACAAUCAUAUCCCGAGCGGUCAUCUCGGCCCGAGGGGGGAUGACGCCAAGGAGAAUGUUCGCGUAGCCUGCGACGAGAAUGAGACUGACGUUUCUCCGACGAACAAGUUCCGCACGUACAGGAAGACGCCGGCGUUCACGGCGACGGCCAAUCAGGGUACGAGCCAGAACGAGACGGUUGUAAUCGCUCAAAGGGAAUUGCCAGUGGACCAACGUAAAUUUUAUACUUUCACGAAGAGGAGCAACGCCAUCGGGAGGCUACCUGACAAUACCGCCGGUGAGAACGUCGAGAGGACGCGUCCGAGCGUGAACAGCACGUUUUGCAAACCCCACCUUCCGCAAGUGCUGCAGAAGAGGAACGUGCCGACGAGGACGUUGACGAAGCUGCCGCAGUUCCUGCAGAAGUCCAAUCCGAAUCUCGCGUCGAGUUCGCUCAAGAGCGGCGUCGUGUCCGUCAGUCGCACGGGCAUAUCCAGUGUGGGCUACAUCAAGGGCUCGCAGCCGAAUCUCGUGGAGAGGUCGCCGCCGAGCAAGUUGCAUCCGUACGGCAAGGCGAAGAGCGGCUCCGAUCAACGGCUGCUCGAGGCCAACGCGAGUACGAAUAAUCAGUUCCCGAUGAAGGGCGCGAUUGCCGGCUCGACGGAGAGCAUAGAGAGCUCCCACAGCGUUCACAGCGCUCCGGACCUGGACGACAGGCUCAGUACGUGCUCCGACAGCAGUAGUCAUAAUUCGUGCACCAAACAAACGAUGAAUAUCGAUCAGUUGCAUAAACUGGUGCGAAUGCAGGAAGAGAGUUUAAAGCAUGACUCGGCGCCCAAACCGAACAGGCAAGUUCUGCAGAACACGUGGGUCGAAGCGAAAAUGGAUUUGCCCUCCCCGAUUUCGAAAAACGGCGGGGAAUACAGCGAGAUUGACAAACAUUUACCAAAUGUCGAUUUAAGUAUGAAAUGCAGCUCACCGUUAAUCAGUCCCACUGGGUCUAGUCACGCAUUAAACAACGACGGGAAUGCCGAAGGCAACGUAACAAAGACCAAGGAUGAAAUUGUAGCAGUUGAAAAAAUGGAGGAUCCGAAUCAAGUAGUGCCUAAAAUUGAGAAUAAGACUCGGUUGAGACAGCCGACCAAUUGGAGCAUCGGAAGCAAGCCUGCUGUGAUAAGCGGAAUUCCUAGGCCCGCGUCGCGUAUACCGGCUCUCAGAUUCGUUCGGCCGAACGCGAAGACCACUCAGGCCGAUUUGAGAAAAGGAUGCACAUGAAAUCCCGAACGGUAAAAGUAUGCAAGGGAAGACAGGGAUUUUUUUACAAAUGUUUAGUUUAACCACUAAUAUAGCGGUCAAAAUAACGGGGAUAUUUUCGGUUCUAUUAUAUAGUAACGAUAAAGUUUCUCAAAGCUGAUAAAAAUUCAGUAUUAUUGAGCUUCCAAGUUGGAUGAUAAAAAGGGAUUACUAUUAAUAUUUGCGUGUUGCUUGUUUGUAUUUAGUUUAUAAAAUUAGUACUGUGAAGUAUCAUCUCACACUUAUCACUCCUAUUUAAUAUUUAUAUGCAUUUUUUUUUACAAUUUGAAGCAUAAUGUCUCGCUGAUAAGGAUUGAAAAUAUUUAUACUUAUAUAAAUUUGUAAAAUAUUUCAAGAGUUUGUCUAUUGAUUGCGAAAUAUAUAUAUAAAAAGAGUGCGAUCUAUUUCGCAAAUAAGAUCGUUCAAGUCUUAAAUUUUAUCGUUGCCAAAAAAACAAGAUUUCAAGAUUGCAGAAUGUAUUGGUGUUGUUUGUAAUUUCUAUAUGACGUAAAUUGAGACUUUUUUUCGUUCGGUAUUUUAUAGGAAAAGCCGAAGAGAAAGGCUAUUUUUCGCACAAUAGUCAAUACAAACAAUGGCAAUAAGUCUAAAAUCUUUGUACAUAAGAACAAUAUAUAUAUAUAGCGUUAUAGAAAAAUUGUUCAAAUAUUUUCUAUUAAAUAAUAAAUGACAGAUCGGCCGAUAAAUUAUAAAAAAAAAAAGAAAAGAAAAGACUGCGAGUGUGAUUCACAUUAUUGCAGGCAAAAAUCAGUUUUUAUCUCAUCUCAUCUCCGUCCUGUUCGAUAGUGUCUCUGUUUUCUUAUUCAUAAAAUUACUCGUGUUUUGUCAAAUCACCUGAGACAUAUCAUCGCGCUUACAAACGAGAUACAAAGAAAUUAUAAAAGGUUGAUACAGUGAUAUAUAUAUGUAUAAGAAAAUUGUUCGACCUGUAAUUGUUCAUAUCGGGUGUUCGGUACCUGUUCAACCAUUGAAAUACUGAUAUAUUGAACAUACAAGUUCGACGCGCGUUUAAGACAAAAAAAAUAAGCGGAAACCGUAAAAUAUUCUGUGAUUUCACAUAUUGUCGUAUCGCAUGUAGAUACAUAUACAUUUUGUAUAGAAAGUUUUUUUUAUACAUUGAUAACUAAUUGAUUACUAAAAUCGAAAAAAUACGGAGUUGCACGGGCACUUCGACUUCUUUAUAGAUUCCACAUUUCUGCACAAUGAAGAAACAACAGGUAUUCGUACGAUUUGCCUCGUUGUUAAGAGAAGCUCGCUAAGUUCUAAUUUAACUUCAACAUUCUAAAGAAUUGUCAAUUACGAUUGCACAGCACAUCAUAAUGAAAGAUAUUAAAAAUGUUAUUUAUACAUUAAUAUAAAUAAUAUAAAUAACAUUUUUUUAAUAUAAGAGAGAUAUCGUAAGGUAUUCUAUCUAAUGAGUUAUUAAUCUAUAAUUAAAUUGCAGAAAUAUUUAAAAUUAAACUCUCCUAUACGUUAUAUUAAUUUAUUCUCUACAGGGGGAUAACGCAAGUUAAUUUUAAUCGCGAACCAGAAUUGAAACAAUGUGUAUGCCUAUUGUAAAUAAUAAAAUGAAUAAGUGAUCGUCGUAUCGUAAUCUUUAUUUAUGUCAAUAAGUGAUAGACCUUAAGUGCCUUUAUUGUAUUAAUCGAGAUACAAACAGCGGUUUUUUAUACACGAAAAAUACAAAAAUUAAGAGAAAUGCGCUCACUAAUCUACCACAAGUUUUACUGCCCAAAUAUAAUGCUGCAAAAUAUUUAAUGUUACCUUUACCUUUUUUUAUAUAAAUCUUGUAAUAAUAAAUAAUAUAUAUGUUAACACGUGUCCUCACCCGUUUUCUAUUCUAUUAGAAUCAAACGCGAUGCAUUCGUUUUUGUAAAAACUGUAAAUCUCUUGUUUUGUGUACCUUGUAUUUAAAAACAUUCUUCAGCAUUUAACAAAUAAAUGAUUUAAAUACAUGAUCAAAAUUAUUUCCAUUUUAAUAUGAUAAACUAAUGCAUCGUUUUAGCAAAGGUAUAUACUUUAAUAUAAUUUUCACAUUUUACAUACGUUUUUACGAAAGAAGAAUGAAUAUAACUUAUUAUACGCUACACACAAUGUACCCAAACUAUUAUCGGUACAAUAAAAGACUAGACAUAUACUCCUCAGAUUACACCGAUAAAUAAACACAAUUAUUACAAUCGAACCUUGCAAAAUGCCUUUUGCGCUGCCCGACAAAAUAUUUCCGAUUAAUUUAAUUACGUAGUAGAGAUAUAAAUAAAAAUAUUUUUUGUAAUUGUAAAUACAAACGCACGAAGUACGGACGAUACGCAUAUAAUAGUGAUAAUAAAUCCACAUCUCGCUGCACAUGAAUUAGAAUAGAUCAAUACAGGACGAAAAAAUUGAAUAUAUACUAACAAACGAUUGUGAGAAGUAGGAAUAUA